UUGUCUCCCCCCCUCAACGUCUCUUUAUUGAUUUCGAUUCGUCUUCGCUUCAAAACCCAGAUUUCGAUUCCCCUCCUGUGGAUUUCUUCAUGUGGUUUUGUUGUUUUUGCAGCCCCAGAGGGGGAUUUUCUCGGCGAAAGUUUUACCCUUUCGACGAGGGUUUCAAUCUUUCGUUCUCUUGGAUGAAAUCGCCAAGAAUUUGCUUUCCUUUUUACGUUAUUCGUGUAUUGGGUUUGUGAUUUGGCUAUUGAACGUUGGUUUCGUAUGUGGGAUUUGUCUCUGGGUGUCGUCUGAGUACCAUCAUGUCCUUGCUUUGAUCUAAUGUUAGGAAUCGAUGAUGGACCCUUUGACGAAUCCAGGGCCACUUAAGGACAUUGUGUUGUAUGAUCAAGAGAAGCAUGUCUCGUCCGCUGUCUGGGAUGGACAGGAACGAGGUGCAUUGAGAUGCCAUGAACACACUUCGAAGCUAAACGAGUGGAGGCUUAGUUCGAAACAGGUAGAGCUGGUGGAAAGAGCCGGUUUCGGGUAUCUAAGACAGAUACCCGCCAUCAGUCUCGACAACCCACUUAUCUCGGCUUUGGUUGAACGGUGGAGGAGAGAAACCAACACGUUUCACUUCACCCUCGGGGAACUGACAGUGACUCUCGAGGAUGUUGCCCUUCUGCUGGGGCUGGCAGUCGAUGGGAAAGCUGUGAUUGGUGUAACUUAUACAACAUGUUCUUCGGUAUGCGAGAAGUACUUAGGGUUAUCUCCCGAUUCUAAUUACGCGAGCGGAGGAAUGGUGAAACUUAGCUGGUUAAAGGAGUUCUUUUCCGGCUGUCCAGACGAUGCAUCUUACGAGGAGAUUGAACGUAGAACUCGGGCUUACCUUUUGUACUUGGUAGGGAGUACCAUCUUUUCUACAACUACUGGAAAUAAGGUUCCUGUUAUGUAUCUUCCUCUGUUUGAGGAUUUUGAUGAAGCCGGGACAUAUGCAUGGGGUGCAGCCGCUUUGGCUUUCUUAUACCGUGCCCUCGGGAACGCUUCUGUUAAAUCUCAGAGCACGAUUUGCGGUUGCUUGACGUUAUUACAGUGUUGGAGUUACUAUCAUUUAAACAUCGGGAGGCCGAAGCUGAACCGGGAUCCUGUCCACGAUCAUUUCCCGUUCGUGCUUAGAUGGAAAGGGAAGCAAAGUGGUCCAACAGCGAACCGUGAUGUCGUCUUUUACCGAAAAGCACUGGAUUCAUUGAAGCCAUGCGAUGUGGAAUGGCUUCCAUACGAGAACAUGGAGAGUGAAUUAGUGCCAGAUCAUAUCAGAGGGUCUCUCCCGUUGGGUAAAUCGAAAACGAUGUUGAUAUGCUUCGACAAGGCGGAGAGACACCUCCCCGAUCGCUGCGUCAGGCAAUUCGGAAUGUUUCAAGGCAUCCCCGAAGAUGUGCAGAGGUGGGUACGAAAAUCUCGGGGAGUUGAUGGAGGUGUAGACUUGUCAGGUAAAAUGGAGGCAGAGUUAAGCGAGUGGGAACAGCGGUGGGACAGCAUUCUGCAUGAUGAUGUCGGGGCUGUCGAUGAAUCCGACUACAUGAGGUGGUACUCGGGAAUUACUCGUAAAAUUGUCGGGAGACCCAUCUCUCUCUCAAGCGAGUUUCAAAGAACGAUUUCCAACGUUAGGGAGAUACUGGAGUUAGCCGAGAAUUUCCCGAUAGACGAUCUGGAUCGGGAGAGAUGUGGGUUGAUCUCGAAGAUUAUAAGCCUUGCCCAAGAUUGUCUGAGAGAUCAAGUCGGAGUAACCGUUGCUACUGCUGCGGCGACAGAGAGCCAGCAGAUGGAACUCGGGAAAAGGAUUCGGGGUAAAGAAAGGGUGAGAAGGAAAGGAAUGGGAAAGAGACGGAAAGGCGUCGACCCGAUGGAAGAUUACGGAGGAAGUGAAGACGAGUCCCAGUUCGCGAAUGUGGUUGAGGUCGAUCAGUUGCAUUUACCUCCUCCUCCUGUCUACGACGGAACACAUCACUUGUACGACGAUGUCGAGCUUUGCGGGGACGAUACCCACAUCGCCGAAAACAUCACUGGACUGCCUGAGCCUCAGAAGAUCGACGAGAUCGACGGCUCGUUUAUGGACAGUACGAACAAGACGAUGGAGCUUCAUGACGAGCUUGGUGCCUCCUCCAAUGGCUGUGGUAACCCGUCACAGCAUAAGCCCUUGUCAGUUCCAGAACUGCCGGAGCAGUACGAUGUGAAGAAAGAAGAUAGAGACUCGAAAGCUGAAGAUGCAGGCUGUGAGGGCGGAACGAAGGGCGAACAUUCUGACGGAGGAACAGAAGGAAUUCAUGGUGGUGGUAAUGGCGAAAACCCGGAAUGAGGAGACAGUUGCAGAGACGUGAAAGAGACAGAGAGAACACCUUUGUAGUCUUGAAGUCUCUCUCUCUCUCUCUCUCUCUCUCUCUCUCUCUCUCUCUGACAUUUUCAGACAAAACGGACCUCAAGAGGGUAGUUUGCAACUGAAGAACUCUGUAAGAUCUGCAGAGGUGGAAUGGGUUUAAGAGCAGAAGAAUCUUGAGUUAGAAUUUUUUUUUUUUUUUUUGAGGUUUUCUUUUCAUAACAUUUGGUUUUUAAGUUAUUUCUUCAUUCGAUUUCUGUUUUCUCUAGAGCUAGUGGAUUAACCAGUAUUUGCAAAGUGAUCCUUUAA